CGCCAUCGAAGCCCCCCAUAAAAAAGGCACACCUAGCCAGUGCCAUAACUGUCAAUUGUACGGGCACUCUUCCCGUAACUGUCACGCGCGCCCCCGAUGUGUUAAGUGUUUGGGCGAUCACGCCACGGCCCUCUGCGCUCGCGACCAAAAAACCGCGACGGAACCGCCUAGCUGCGUCCUGUGUCGAACACAGGGUCACCCCGCGAAUUACCGUGGUUGCCCCCGAGCCCCUAAAAUAAAUCGCCGCGUCGCCCGCCAAAACCGCCUCCGAGCUUCCGGCCCAGACAUUAAAGCCUCGGCACCCUCUGCGUCGCAGGCUAAGCCAGCGUUCGUUCCGGCGGCGGUGCCCAGUGUCUCGGCCUGGGCAAAACCGCUGCCGUACACGAACACGGCUACAACUCCCUCCUCCGCGAUUCGUCCCGCCCCCGCGACUCGUCCUUCUCCCGCGACUUGCCCUCCGACCGCGUCCGAAAAUCUCGCUUUAGCGAUCGACUUCUUUCAGUCGAUCAACUUUGAACGCGUUAACGCUUUGGGCGACGCCAUUCGCGCUGCCUCCACUGCACAACACUUUAUCGCCGUUGUGCAGGAAUACGCCGACGUAUACGCGUCAUUAAAUACGUACGUCCUCCCCUCACUCCGCCGGUAAUCAAUGGCGUAUAUAAGUAGAAUAAAGCCCCUAUCCGUAACGAUAGGAUUUUUUAACGCUUACGGUCUCGCAAAUCAACGUGAUCAGGUUUCUGACUUUUUGCGUGACCAUCAAAUUGAUAUCUUUUUAGUGCAGGAGACCCUACUUAAGCCCGCGCGCCGUGACCCUAAAAUCGCGAACUAUAACAUGGUCAGGAACGACAGGCUCUCUGCCCGUGGUGGUGGUACCGUCAUUUACUAUAGAAGAGCCCUGCAUUGCGUCCCGCUCGAUCAGCCGCCGUUUCAGAGUUAGAUUCAGACCACCGUCCCGUCGUUAUGAAGCUCGGUCGCGCUCCCGAUUCCGUUCCCGUCACAAGGACUGUGGUGGAUUGGCACACGCUGGGCAUCAGCCUGGCUGAAUCUGAUCCACCAUCGCUCCCGUUUAACUCUAUCCCGUCUCCUCAGGAUACCGCUGAAGCCAUAGACAUCUUAACGUCACACAUCACCUCGACAUUAGAUAGGUCAUCGAAACAAGUUGUAGCGGAGGACUUCCUUCACCGCUUCAAAUUGUCCGACGAUAUUAGGGAACUCCUUAGAGCUAAGAACGCCUCGAUACGCGCAUACGACAGGUAUCAUACCGCGGAAAAUCGUAUUCGAAUGCGUGUCCUACAACGCGACGUAAAGUCUCGCAUCGCCGAAGUCCGAGAUGCCAGAUGGUCUGAUUUCUUAGAAGGACUCGCGCCCUCCCAAAGGUCUUACUACCGCUUAGCUCGUACUCUCAAAUCGGAUACGGUAGUAACUAUGCCCCCCCUCGUAGGCCCCUCAGGCCGACUCGCGGCGUUCGAUGAUGACGAAAAAGCAGAGCUGCUGGCCGAUACAUUGCAAACCCAGUGCACGCCCAGCACUCAAUCCGUGGACCCUGUUCAUGUAGAAUUAGUAGACAGUGAGGUAGAACGCAGAGCCUCCUUGCCACCAUCGGAUGCGUUACCACCCGUCACCCCGAUAGAAGUUAAAGACUUGAUCAAAGACCUACGUCCUCGCAAGGCUCCCGGUUCCGACGGUAUAUCUAACCGCGUUAUUAAACUUCUACCCGUCCAACUCAUCGUGAUGUUGGCAUCUAUUUUCAAUGCCGCUAUGGCGAACUGUAUCUUUCCCGCGGUGUGGAAAGAAGCGGACGUUAUCGGCAUACAUAAACCCGGUAAACCAAAAAAUCAUCCGACGAGCUACCGCCCGAUUAGCCUCCUCAUGUCUCUAGGCAAACUGUAUGAGCGUCUGCUCUACAAACGCCUCAGAGACUUCGUCUCAUCCAAGGGCAUUCUCAUCGAUGAACAAUUCGGAUUCCGUACAAAUCACUCAUGCGUUCAACAGGUGCACCGCCUCACGGAGCACAUUCUUGUGGGGCUUAAUCGACCAAAACCGUUAUACACGGGAGCUCUCUUCUUCGACGUCGCAAAAGCGUUCGACAAAGUCUGGCACAAUGGUUUGAUUUUCAAACUAUUCAACAUGGGCGUGCCGGAUAGUCUCGUGCUCAUCAUACGGGACUUCUUGUCGAACCGCUCUUUUCGAUAUCGAGUCGAGGGAACCCGCUCCUCCCCACGACCUCUCACAGCUGGAGUCCCGCAAGGCUCUGUCCUCUCACCCCUCCUAUUUACAGUGGUUCCGAAAAUGGCGCAUAGACAUCAACCCAGCGAAAAGUACUGCGGUGCUAUUUCAGAGGGGAAGCUCCACAAGGAUUUCCUCCCGGAUUAGGAGGAGGAAUCUCACACCCCCGAUUACUCUCUUUAGACAACCCAUACCCUGGGCCAGGAAGGUCAAGUACCUGGGCGUUACCCUGGAUGCAUCGAUGACAUUCCGCCCGCAUAUAAAAUCAGUCCGUGACCGUGCCGCGUUUAUUCUCGGUAGACUCUACCCCAUGAUCUGUAAGCGGAGUAAAAUGUCCCUUCGGAACAAGGUGACACUUUACAAAACUUGCAUAAGGCCCGUCAUGACUUACGCGAGUGUGGUGUUCGCUCACGCGGCCCGCACACGCAUAGACACCCUCCAAUCCCUACAAUCCCGCUUUUGCAGGUUAGCUGUCGGGGCUCCGUGGUUCGUGAGGAACGUUGACCUACACGACGACCUGGGCCUCGAACCAAUUCGGAAAUACAUGAAGUCAGCGUCGGAACGAUACUUCGAUAAGGCUAUGCGUCAUGAUAAUCGCCUUAUCGUUGCCGCCGCUGACUACUCCCCGAAUCCUGAUCAUGCAGGAGCCAGUCACCGUCGACGCCCUAGACACGUCCUUACGAAUCCAUCAGAUCCAAUAACCUUUGCAUUAGAUGCCUUCAGCUCUAAUACUAGGAGCAGGCUUAGGGACCCCGGUAACCGUACUCGUCGAACUCGACAAAGAGGUCGACGUGCAACCUAACCCAUGCAUCAGCCCGCUGAGUUUCUCGCCGGAUCUUCUCAGCGGGUCGCGAUUCCGAUCCGGUAGUAGAUUCAUUCGCGAAACAAUUGCUCUUGAGUUGUUAGGUCUCCUUCGGAGGCGCUCGGGCAGUUGUUAGCAAAUCCCACCCCUCUUGGCUGAGCCUUUGCUCGCCCACCUGUCCUGGUGAAACUGGAAAGGCCUUCGGGCCACCAGUAAACUUUCAAUCAUAAAAAAAAAAAAAAAAAAAGAAUGUGCAUCCGUCUAUUCUUGGCGCCAAUGAGCCAAUCAGAAUGAGCUCCGGCCGACCAUCGAGCGUUUGAUAUGGCUUGAUGCAGUAUGUAGGCUUUUAUGCCACGUACCAUCCGGCUUUGGAUUGAGCUCCUUCUCCAUGGUGUUUCCCAUGCUACGACAUGUACUUCUUCAAACGACACUCAUGAAAAAUAUUUUGCGGUAGGCAGCGGCUUGGCUCUGCCCUUGGCAUUGCUGAAGUUCACGGGCGACGGUAGCCACUCACCAUCAGGUGGGCCUUAUGCUCGUCUGCCUACUAGGGCAAUAAAAAAUCUCUUAGUCGCCGUUGAUUAAAAAAAUACAUUUCACUAUACACCAAUGUCUGGAAUACUUUUAAGUUUAAUUUGUUCUAUAAAAGCAAACCAGUUCAGUUAGAAUGAGGCAGGAGCUAAUUAGCCGUAUCUAUCACAAACAUAUGCCGUCUAUAAAUUGUUGGAAAUUCGAUGCGUAAGCGUAUAAUUAUGAUUAUCAGUAAACAUUAUAUCGGUUUUCUGGGGAUCGUACUGAUUACGUUAUCUGACUGUUCUAUUAAUUAUGACAUGAAAUAUAUUGGAGCGUGUGGUGGAGUUGAAGGGCUAUUCUGGCCAGCUUAGCUUGAAUGAGCUAACACCAGCCCUAGCAAGAGCAGUAUUUCGCUGAAUCUACCACCGGAUCGGAGUCACGACCCGUUGAAAUCCAGCAAGGAACAGCGGACCGUGUCUCUAUAGACAAUUAUUAUUUAAGGGUAGGGUAGGAUUAACAAACGAGGCAGUUUAUAGAGCUGUGUGAUUUAUGGUAACGAUGUCUUGUUUGUUGACCAGACGACAAUACUCUCACUUCCAUCCAACUGACAUCACAAGCGUACGCCGACACUCGGACCGACGUCCGAUCCCACCCGAGACGGCACUCGAGUCAGUGCGGCGAGUUGAUCGAGUCAGCUGUCAUCAUUAGAUCUACGCCAGGGUUGCCCCGAGCAAGGUCACACAUUGCUUGUGAAGGGCAUAAAACCUACGUUGCGUUCUGCAAUCAUUCUUGAUGCAGUGCAGAUACGAAGCAACCCUAGCAGCGAUCGGUGGGCGUUAUUAUACUAUAUCUACAGGACGCUCUACGAACAUCGUAUGUGAUGCCUACGGAUUGCUGGUUUGAAGCGUCUUCUUCAUAUACCCUUAUCCUCCUUAUACCCUUUUCUUGAAGAUCCUCCAGAUCUUUUUAAGACAGCCCUCACAUUACCAUCUAGUUUCUAGCCACGUUUCUUGGACAGACGAUCAUCCUCUCUUCGCCUGAAAUUCCCGCACCAGGAUAAUCUUCCACUUCCACAUUAUUGUUACUGCAAGCAUCCAGCUCAACAUUCGCAUUUUUGCGUGCGCUUUUCAUUGAAGCACCGCUUUCGUGGUCCAGCAUCCAUGUCCAUCCAAUGCAACAGGUUUUAUAGCUGACUCAUAAAACUAAGAAGAGCGAUGAUAGCGGUCCCCUAAUGACCUUUGAAUCAUCAUGGUUUCUCAGACAGACUAUGCCCGACACUCCCACCUAAAUCAUGAAUUAAACACAUUCUAGACAAUCGUUACAAUUUCUCCAUUAGUACCCUAUCAAAAAGAUAAGUGAAUUUCUUUUUUGUUAGAGCAGCAGUCGGUCUGAUCGUAAGAGUAGCUGUCGCGCUUGGAACUAGCAAAACUAGGGGGAUACAGCCAAGCUACUGCCCGAGGGCUCCUUGUGACCAGUUGCGCUGCAUGUGGCAGGCUCCGGGCCACAUGUUGUGUGUAGCCGUAGCGGAGACUCUGGGGGAAUCGAUAAAAAUGAGAUAUUUUUCAAUGACUCAUCGCUCACUCGUGAAGCGAGUGCCUGUGAUGGGCGUGUCAUCGACUUAUCACUUAUCAGUAAUCGUAAAACAAUAGGAACGAUUAAAAAAACAAAGAUCAAAUAUAAGGAAAUCUGAUUAUUUGAACACAUCGCAAAAUAAGCUGCACGUGUUUCCGUAUGUCACGUUUGUAGACGACACUAGCCUCCAUGGCAACGGAUCAUAGCCGAGAACUUCAAUGCAAUGCGCUGCCUUAACUUCGAUGGCAGAUAAGCUGUAGGUAUGCUUCUAAGCUGUAUGUUCACAUCGAUAUCAGUCGCUCUCGUGAGAAAGCCGAUCUCUCGUAAGGCACUGUUUAUGACAGCAAAGGUUUUAAAUAACACAGAUGUCCGUUGCUCCGGUGCUGCGCUGGUAAAGCCUAGGAGCCACUGAAUCCACUAAGUACUAUGAGUUCCAGCAUUCGCACGAAGAUUACUGGUUACCCUGAGGCCUUUCCAAUUUCACCAGGACAGGCGAGCAAAGGCUCAGCCAGGAGGGGUGGGAUUUGCUAACAGCUACCCGAGCACCUCCGACCCGCGGGGACUGAAUAACAGCCGAAACCAGGCCCGCGAUUGAGUCCAUCAGAUAUAAAGUUAUCUUAUCUACAAUUAAGCGUUAUCCGUUUGUGCCAUUUCAGUACAAACAUUCGAUAAAAGUGGUUCAACGAUAAAAGUCAAUUUAGAAAACAUCUAAGAACAAUGUGUUGCCCCGAGUUUAUAGCUAAAUAUGUACUCUUCAUCGCCAACCUUGUUUUUUCGUUGGCAGGUCUAGCUAUUAUACGUCUUGGAGUGGCCGUCUUAAGAAAUCUACGGGAUCUUCAAGAUAUUCUACCAGUCAACGCUUUGCCAAUAGGGAUAAUCGUCCUCGGAUGCAUCAUAUUCAUCAUUGCAUUCCUAGCGUGCUGUGGAGCGAUAAAGGAAUCAAGAUGUAUGCUGAUAACCUACUCCAUAUUCAUGGUGAUACUGGUGGCCGUGAAGAUCUACCUGGCUAUCGUGGUAUUCGGUUUUCUGUCCGACGUCACCAGCACAAUAACCAGCUGGGUGACCACAGCGUUCAACACGAGCAGCUUAAGAGACGUAUAUCACGUCAUGGAAGCUCUAUUCAAUUGCUGUGGAACAACCGGCCCCUCUUCGUACGACGGUAUCUUGUCACAGCUGCCGCCCUCGUGCUGCGCCAGCCCCGUUGACAACACCUUCUAUGCCCCCAACGCGUUCCCCGGCUGCACCACUCGACUGAUUGAUUACUUCGAUACCUUCGGUAGGGCCAUCGGCAGCGUUCUGAUCAUUAUCAUAUUUCUUGAGCUCGUCGCCGCCAGAUGUCACGCGCCUCUCACCGCGCCUCGCAAUGCACCGCAAAACGCACCGCCAGUAGCUGUGGCAUACUUCAUAGGUUGUCUACCAUUUGUUUUCGCCGCUCCCGCUUGCCGCGCCUCACGACGCACCGCAAUUCGCACCGCUCUCGGCUGUGGCCAAGGGUUCAUCUCGAUCAUCUUCGCUUGGUUCCUGUCGCAUUCUUAUUCGCAGAAACGGCGCGGGAAUAUAGCAUAAGAAGCACCUAAGUUAAUUUAAGUUAUUCACAAUAAUAAGUUAAACACAUAAAUAAGACGCAAAUAUUCAAAUGUCAAAAGAAAGCUGCUUAUAAAACGGAACCAUUAAUCGAAGACGGCCGGUAAUACCGUAACACGCACAGAUCAUAGAAACCACGAUAGUCAUGAAAACCCUUAAGAAAAAAUGUGUUCCGUAAUGUUUUUAUUUACCGCGCAAUGGAAAUUCAACGAAGCGCCGCCGCCGGGUCAGCGCCCCCGCUUUGCCAAGCUGAGAGAAACAGCGUUAAGACUUCAACAAAAUAAACUGAGUUCAUGAUUGUUGUCGAAGUUAAUAAAAAUAACUCAAAAACCAUUCAACAUAUCUUGAAUACAUUUAAAGGGGACGCUGUUAGAAGUACCAGCCGUCAAAUAAAAAUUCAAAUCAAAUUCAUUCAUUUGCUAAAAACCCUUACCCAUUAUUAUUGUUAUUUAAAAUUAUAAUUUCCAAAUUUUUGUUAUUACCUAAAAAUAAAUAAUUCAACGCCUUUGAGAACACGACAUUUUUACAACAUCUGUUGAUGUUUAAGCAAAACAACAAAUCUAUUAUAUAAGUUUUGUAUUGUGAUUAUUCAUUUUAUAUAUCUUAAUACAUUUAUAAUGAUA